AUGUCCUCCUGGUUUGGCAACAAGACAUUUGAAGAACUCGUUGACCGAGCCACAUCAGAAAAUCUCCCUAUUGGAAGCGAAGAUUUGGCAUUGAAUCUCGAAAUCUGUGACAAGAUCAAAUCCAAAGAAGUCCAACCUAAAGAAGCGAUCAAACUACUAAAGAAGAAGCUGAAUCAUAAGAAUCCUAAUGUGCAGAUACUGACUAUUAAGUUGACGGAUAUCUGUGUCAAGAAUGGAGGAGAUCAUUUCUUGGCUGAAGUGGCGUCACGAGAUUUUGUGGAUAAUCUAGUGUCGAUUGUCAAGGCACCUUAUGGAACAAAUCCAGAAGUGAGAUCAAAGAUCCUGUCAUCGCUUCAAGUAUGGGGCUUGGCAUUCAAAGGAAAGCCUGGACUGACUUACAUGACGGAUACAUACAGUCGAUUAAAACUAGAAGGAUUGAAUUUCCCAUCCGUGGAAUCUACAGAAGUAUCAUCGAUCAUGGUCGAAACAGUCGCAGCUCCAGAAUGGACUGACAGUGAAGUCUGCAUGCGCUGUCGAACACCUUUCACAACAUUUAAUCGUAAACACCAUUGUCGAAACUGUGGACAAACGUUUUGUAGUCAGUGCAGCUCAAAGACUAUACCACUCCCACAUCUCGGUAUAACGCAAGAAGUACGUGUAUGUGAUGGAUGUGUGUCAAAACUCGGUACUGGUAAAACUACACCACCGUCAAUCGGGUCUCCCCCAUCGUCUCGAUCAGAACCUAUUUCUGCUGGUGGGAGGGGUAAUAUAGACGAGGUCGCUAAACGAGAACAAGAUGAAUUGGAAAAGGCUAUUGCCUUGUCGCUACAAGAGUCUGGCGGACAAGUACCUAAGAAGGUUGUCACGUUUACCGUACCAUCCAAGCCAGUCCCCAAAGCGAAUGCCGCUGAAGAUGACGAUGAGGAUUUGAAGGCUGCUAUUGCUGCAUCACUUAAAGAAACCAAGCAGCAGCAGGCUGCAGCAUCAUAUAAUCCGAGCGAAUAUUCCUUGUCGUACAAGAAUAAUCAACAACAGCCAACAGCAGAUUCAUUAAGUCGGCCAAUGUCCAACAUGUCUGUAUCUGCAGGUCCUUCGUCAUCUGUAUCGGUGAUUCCAUCAGCACCCAAUCCUCUAGAUUUGUCUAUUACCGAGUUGGAGAAUGUACGCUUGUUUUCGGAAUUGGUUGAAAGGACUGAUAUGGAUGUGCAGGCUCGUGGCCCUCAGGUGCUGAAUCCAGCUCAAAUUCAGGCACUAUUUGGUCACGUCGCACCUCUACAAGGAAAACUAGCCCGAUCACUAGAAGAAACACAUGAAAAAUACCGUACAUUCUAUGCUCUACACGACAAGGCAACCAACGCUAUUAAAUCAUAUGAUGCCAUGCUGCAAGAACGACUUGCAAUGCAUAAUCCACCUGAUGCUUACCCAUCUCAAUAUGGAUAUUAUGCUCCAGGAUCAGCUGCUGGAUAUCCUCAGCAAAUACAACAUCCGCAGCCACCACCACAACAACAUGAUCCAUCCAUGUAUCCACCAUCACAAGCACCAUAUGCAGGAUAUCAACAACAGCCUGGUGGGUAUGCAGCACCUCCGCAAGGGGGGUAUUAUCCACCAGAUGGCGUUGCUGUAGGAGUCCCACCAGAUCCAAAUAGUAUAGUAGGUCCGCCUCAAGGAAUUUCUCAACCACCACCGGAAUCAGCACAGCAACAACAACCAUAUUAUGCCAAUUAUACAGCUCCUCCACCUGCUGUGGGUAUAGUCGUAGCUGCUCCUCCACCAUCACAAUCAUCAUCGUAUACAUAUGCUCCACAACAGCAAAAUCCAGGAUAUAGCGGACCACUACAAUCUUCAUCGCCACCUCAAUAUCAACAACAAUUAGCAGCAGCAGGGCAGCCAAGUGGAUAUGCACCGGGUUAUGCACCUGGUUAUUCACAACAGAAUGCUGGAUAUCAACCACAACAACCAUAUCCUCAACAAGGUGGAUAUUAUCAGGCACCUCUACAACAGCAGCAACAGCAACAACCUCCAGCAGUAGUUGUGCCUGAAGCUCCAUUGAUUGAGCUCUGA